AUGGCUUCCUUUCUGGUGAUGGUCAGCAUACUUCUACUCAUUCAGCAUGCAGAGCUAAUAACUGUGUUCGGAGAGAUUCAGAACCAUGUAUUUUGUAUUUUACUUAACUUUGUCUCCAUCUUUGAUGUUUCAGUGGCUAUUGACGAAUUAAGGGCUCACCCUUACUCUGAUGUUACCUUGCCUUGUCAUUUCUCCUUUGUGAAAGGCACAGACAAGCUUGAAUUUACCUGGGAAAGAGAAGACAUCAGAGAGGAAUUUGAGGUAGAAGAUGACAAGGAUUAUUUCCAGUUUUUCAGGUUCUAUGAUUUUUUUGAGGUUUUCUCAAAAGUGGUUUACCAGUUUAGAAAUAACAUGGAGCAACUAGAGGAGCAGAACUCCAUGUAUGAGAAAAGAGUUUCUGUGAAUCGGGCAGAAAUUUCUGAGGGAAUCCUGUCCCUCUUAUUAAAAAAUGUGAAUUUCCAGGAUCAAGCUAUCUACAAGUGCAUGGCUGUCUCGCCAAUUGGAAGGGGUGAAAGCAAAAUUAAGCUAAUCGUAGAAGAUUCUGAAGAGCCCCAGGUGGAAUUCAAGCAAAUCGAUGAUGAAACUGUGGCCACCUGCGUCUCCACAGGCUGGUACUACCUGCCAAAUGUGACUUGGCUGGACAGAGGAGAGAGGGAUUUGUCCAAUUACAGCACUGUGGAGAUCUAUGAGGAACAGAUGAAUGGUGCCCAUAGAGUGUUUUCUGUCUUGAAAUACCCUGUCAAACUCAAUGAGAAAUACGUUUGUCGCAUAAUAGAGACAGAUGUGAAUUUUCAACCGUUUAGGACAAUCCGCAAGUAUCCCAGAAGAAAGUUUCAUCGAAUGUAUGAUUACUAUUAGCAACCUGAAGAAAGCUCACGGAGGAUCUUCACCCUUUCCUUCUGGCAGUCAACCUAGUUCCCUUUUCCCAGAGGCAACAUCUUUUUCAGUACCAACAUGACUCUCCAGCCUUCUAUUCCUUCUUAUCAGCUGCCUUCCCACACUCAAGAAAUCUCUGCUCCAGUCUCCUGAUCAAUUGCUGUCUAUUCCAACCAUUUUUUAAGAGGCACCUUAUCAAUAGUUCAUGUUAUACUCCAAGAACUUCUCUUUGUCCGCCAUCUUGUACCCUUCUCUUAGCCCCUGCCUCUACAUUCCAAUUCUCCUUUAUAUAUUGUCUUCCUCCUUUAGAAUGUAAGCUCCUUAAGGAUAGAAACUGUCUUGCUUACUUGUAUUUGUAGGAGUGCUUAGUACAGUGCCUGGCACAUACUAAGUGCUUAAUAAAUGCUUUGUUUAUUUAUCUGUUUUCCAACUAUGGAAUUGCUAGAUGUUGCAGUGGAUAUAGUGCCAGUCAUGGAGUCAGGAAGAUUCAUCUUCCUGAAUUCAAAUCCAUUCUCAGACACUUACUAAUUGUGUGACUAAGGGCAAGUCACUUCACCUUGUUGGCUUCAGUUUCUUUAUCUAUAAAAUGUACUAUAGAAAGAAAUGGCAAAUCACUCCAAUAUCUUUGCCAAGAAAAUCCCAAAUGGAGUCUCAAAGAGUUGGUCAUGACUGUGAACAACUUUACCUACCUAUCAAUCAAUGUAAUCCUACUUAAUCUUUCCAUAUUUUACCUGUUUGUCAUGCAAAGAAGUAAAUUGGCAACAGGUAUAGUCUUCAGAUUAUUGGAUACAACCAUUUGGUGCCUAUUGGGGAUCUCUGUCCCUGUAUUUAGUGAUGAGAUACACCUUUGUGUUCUUACAAAUGUAAUUCCCUAAGUCCAUGAUGGCUAACCUAUGACACAUGUGUCAGCACUGACAUGCAUAGCCAUUUUUGAUGAUAUGCGGGCUUGGCUAGGGGAGCUGCAUGCUUGCAGCCAUGGCUGUUGCCAUGCCCCAGCUCA